AUGGAUAUGAUAUUUAUAUUAUUUCCAAAUAAUGUUUUAUUAUCCAAUGUAUUAAGUACACGAACAAUAACUGAAAAAGAAGGUCAUGAAGUUGUAUUAUCCUGUCGUUUCGAUCAAUUAUCUGAUAAAGAUCGUGUUAUGUGGUCAAAAGAUAGUAUUAUUUUAUCUGUUAAUUUUGAAAUUAAAGCAGAUAAACAACGAUAUGAAAUAUCAGGAAAAUAUGAUUUAAUUGUUAAAAAUAUUACUGGUAAUGAUAGUGGAAAAUAUUUAUGUCAAAAUUUUGAUCAAGAAUUAUCAAUAAUAAUUAUAUUAACGGUUCUAACUCGACCAUCGCUACCCAAACUUCAUCAGACAAAUGAAAUACUAACGGAAAAAUCUAUUGCUCAAUUUUUAUGUUCAACAGUGGGUGGUAAUCCUUCUCCAACGUUUUCCUGGUAUCUAAAUCAAAAUGUCAUUAAUGAAAAUAUAUAUACAAAUGCAUCGCUUAGUGAACUACGAUUACCUAUCGAACGACGGUAUCAUGGUGCUCAAAUAUCGUGUCAAGUUGAUAAUAAAGCAUUGGACAAACCAUUGACGAUAUCAAUAAAAUUAAAUGUUCAAUAUAAACCUGAUGUUUCAUUAAAAUAUGGUCAAUCGAUUGUUACCAGUGGAAAUAUUGCUAUUAUUGAAAAUUCAUCAUUUUUACUCGAAUGUCUUGUAGAUUCAAAUCCAUCAACUAUUGAACAUAUUCAAUGGUUAAAAAAUGGAGCAACAUUGACUGAUAUCACAUCACCAUCUUUAAUUUUACAAACAAUUAAACGUACAGAUGAAGGCGAAUAUACGUGUAUUGCGAUGAAUUCUAUAGGCAAAGGUCAAGCAAGUAUUCGUGUUCGUAUUCAAUAUGGUCCAAUAGUGAAACUAAAAGGUGCUGAAACAAUUCGUGAGAAUCAACGUUUAUCAUUAGAAUGUACAACUGAUGCUUAUCCAGAAGUAGAGAUUUAUCAGUGGUAUAAAAAUAAUCAAUUAUUGUAUAAUUCUAAACAUUCAAUGUUCAUUAUUGAUCGUGUCCAAAAACAAGAUCAUGGCAAUUAUUCAUGUUUAGCAAAAAAUUUCUUAAAAUUUUCUAAUGAUUCACAAAUAGAAAUGUCGAAUAAGGCUAAUAUAAGAAUUACUAUUGAAUAUGCACCUGUAGUAACAAGUUUAAUAUCAAAAAUUGCAUCUGAUCCAAUGACUGAUGUUAUAUUCCAAUGUCAAAUUGAUUCUUAUCCAGAAUCAACAAUAAAUUGGAUAUUUAAUGGAACUCUUAUUGGAACAAAUACUGGAAAAUAUUUUAUUAUACAAAAGAGAAUCAAUGAUAUUAGUCAAAGCAAUUUGAUCGUAAAAAAUGUUCAAACACCCAUUGAUUAUGGUCUUUAUUCAUGUAGUGCCAUGAAUAAGUUUGGUCAAAAUUCUACAACAAUUCAAUUAAGAUUAAAAGAUAUACCCGAUGUACCAGUUCAAUUAAAUGUUUCAAAUAUUUCCUAUUCAUCAUUUGUAUUGGAAUGGAAGCCGGGUUUUGAUGGUGGUUCGUCUCAAACAUUUAUCAUAUCAUUGAAUGGUCUAUUAGAAAAACAAACAAAUGAAACAAAAGUUUCUAUAACAAAUUUAAAUCAUUCAGAAUUGUAUACGGUUCGUGUUCGAGCACAAAAUGUCUUAGGUAUUAGUCGAGAAUAUGCUUCGGUACAAGUAUCAACAUUACAAGUACCGAUUAGACAAGAAGAUCUUCCAUUAAUUGAACAUGCGACACUUCAUAUUGGACAGAGAACAAUCAGUUAUUAUUUAAAUGACAAUUCGACAUUGUUAGCAAAUAAAGCAUCAUUAUGUAUCAAAGUAGAAUCACAAAAUGGAACAAUAGAAUGUAAAAAGAUCAUUUCGUCUAUUGGUACAUUACAAUUGGAACAUGAAUUAGAUGGUGAUCCUACACAUUUAACAGUAUCCAUAUGUCUCGAUAAUUAUGAAAUUUAUUGUGGAAAAGCAUAUCCAGUUGAAAUAAAGCGACAAGUUUCAUUCAAUUGGUUGUUUGUUCUAAUUGCAUCUGUCAUUGUCGUAUUUAUCUUAAUUUUAUUUGGUUUAUGCAUAUUCUGUACAUUACAAAGUCGUAAACGAAAACGUAAUACUAGUCGUGAUACAGUAGCAUCAUCAGUUUCAUCUGCAAAACCAGUUAUUGAACAGUUGUCAAUUGGUACUGGAAGCCCUAAGUAUUUCACUCAUAUUGCCUAUCCACCAACACGUUCAGAACAACAAUAUUUCAAAUCAUCGUAUAGUAAAAUAGCUGAAAUACAAAAAUUAGAUAAAUUUUCUCGAAAAGCAAGUGGAACAAGUUUGGGCCCCGGCAGUAGUGGUAGUUCGUCUGAUCCAAUUUGUAAUAAUAAUUCAUCAUCAUUAUGUGAGAGUGACCAAUUAACUGUCACAGAUUUUUAUCCUACAUCAUCAAUAUCAACGGCAGAUUCGUCGUAUAAGCCAUAUAAAAAUCCGAUAAUAGUUACAACGACCACAUCUAUGAUUAAUGAACCAAUUUGGUCUCCAACAUUUGGUAAUUUAACAAGUCCAAAUUCUUUUCAAAGUUAUGGAUUUCCUCUUUAUACAACAGCCGAUACGACUAACAAUAAUAAUAACAGUCAAAGACUAUCUCAAGAGAUUAUAUCAAAAAAAUAUGAUUUGAAUGAUGAGAAUGAAAGUGGAUAUUCAACUCCGUCAAAGACAAAAAAAACUGUUUAUGAGGUAGUUGUUUAA